AAGAAGAAGAAGAAGGUGAAAGGCAUGCUGGGAAAUCUGUCCCGGCGGAUGUUUUGAACCUCUGAGGAUGCUGCGGCCGCUCUCCAGCCUGAGUCUGAGUCCCGGAGUCCGGCUAAAGCUGCUCCGGGCCGGGUUCCAGUUCACCGCCGAGCUACAGUCGUUCAGCCCGGAGGAGCUAGCGGAAGAGGCGGGCGUCUCGCAGCAGGAGGCGCAGGAGGUGCUGGAGGCCCUGGGCUCCAGCGGAGGAGGUGCACCUCCCCUCACCGCUCUGGAGCUGCUGCAGAAGGAGGAGCAGAGCCGGAGCAUCGUGACUUUCUGCUCCCGCCUGGACGAACGGCUGCACGGAGGAAUUCCUGUUGGGAAGCUGACCGAGGUCUGCGGAGCCCCGGGAACCGGGAAGACCCAGCUGUGCCUGCAGGCGGCGGUGGACGUCCAGGUGCCCCAGUGCUUCGGGGGUCUCGGGGGCCAGGCGGUUGUCAUGGAUACGGAGGGCGGCGUCCUGCUGCAGAGGCUGGACGACAUGGCGACCGCCGCCGUCCGCCAUUGCUCGCUGCUGGCCUCCGACGAGGAGCAGCGCGUCGCCAUGGCAACCUUCACCGUGCGCUCGGUGCUGGAGAACGUCUUCCUGGUGCGUUGCCAUGACUACACGGAGCUCCUGGCCGAGGUGCGGCUUCUGCCCGGCUUCCUGCGGGAGCGGCCGGGGGUGCGGCUGGUCGUGGUCGACAGCGUGGCGUUCCCGUUCCGGCUCCACCUGGACGACCCCCCCCACAGGACGCGCCUCCUCCAGGGCCUGGCCCAGCAGCUGGUCGCCGUGGCAACGGGCCACGACGUGGCCGUGGUGGUCACCAACCACAUGACCACGCGGCUGGGCCCCGGGGGGUCCCGGCUGGUGCCGGCGCUGGGGGACAGCUGGGGCCACGCCCCCAACAUUCGGCUGCUGCUGAAGUGGGCGGGGCCUCGCAGGGCGGCGGCCAUCUUUAAAUCGCCAUCUCACCUGAGCGCCAGCGUCCACUUCCAGAUCACCUCCGACGGCUUCCGGGACGCCGAGGAGGAGCCCGACGACCAGCCGCAGAGCAAAAGACCUCGAGGCCACGCCCACCAAUCGGCUUCCGGCGCCCCAUAG